GCGGUGCAACAAGACUCACUGGCUUUGGGAAUCAGACAGGACGACUCAGACUGACAUUAAACAGCAGACAUACUUUGACUGAGACUGACUUCUCAGCGCUGGGAAAUCACUUUUCAUCUGGAGACAGCUCUGACUUUGAUAAAAUACUGUCUCGAUUGGAGAAGGUGCGCCACCUCCCAGAGAUAAAGGACAUACAUUGUAAUCAGUUCUUUAAUUUUUAUACCACUUCUAAAAGCUAUUUCUCUGUAGAAGAUGUGUUACACUGUGCGUUUACUCUUUUUAUCCAUGUGCGUAAUGAACGCGGCACUCUCCACUCCAUUUGAAUCAGAGGAUGUUGUACCUGUUCGGAUAAACGCAAGAACGAGCGGUCGCUUUUGGAAAAGAAGCGAGGAUCAGCCGAGAUUUGUCCUCAGAGCCUUUGGCAAGGACUUGACUCUAAAUCUUGUACCAGACACCAGCUUUAUCGCUCCUUCCUUCACCAUACAGCGAAUCAGGGCCAGAGAUGCUGGCGCUUUACGCAGCGCUUCAGGUGCCAAACCUGCGCUGCACCCAGACCUCCAGAUGUUCACGAGCCAGACAGAGGGCAGUGAAGGGCACCUGAGGGGCUGCUUUUACUCCGGGGACGUGGGUCACGAUCAAAACUCGGUGGUGGCUGUUAGUUUGUGCUCCGGCAUCUUCGGCUCCUUCAUCACAGAGGGGAAAGAGUAUUUAAUUGAGCCCAAACUUAUCGGCGGCCGAGGGCCAGACUCGACCGAGCAGCUGCAUGUCAUCAGGAGGAGGACAUUCGCCAAAGGCCACGGUGCUUCCCUGCGGUUUGAUCGCGCGGCGGAGGACAGCCGAGCGGAGAAGCGCGACGGGGAAAGUUUUACGCACGGGGACAGUGACGCACGGAGGGAACCUCGCAAGAGACGCUUUGUUUCCGAGCCACGGUUCAUAGACACCCUGGUGGUAGCUGACUCAACCAUGACCCACUUCUAUGGAGAUGAAACAAAGCACUACAUUCUGACCCUGAUGUCCAUGGCAGCCCAGCUGUACAAGCAUCCCAGCAUAAAGAACUCAGUGAACAUCGUGGUGGUGAAGAUGUUGAUAGUGGAGGAUGAGGAGGUCGGCCCGGAGGUCUCCAGCAACGGAGGUGUGGCCCUGAGGAAUUUUUGCUCCUGGCAGCAACUCUUCAAUCCACCAAGCCAUAGGCACCCAGAGCACUAUGACACUGCCAUGCUGUUCACCAGAGAGGACAUCUGCGGACAUAAGAGCUGCGACACGCUGGGUGUGGCUGAUGUCGGGACUAUGUGCGACCCCAAGAGAAGCUGCUCCGUUAUUGAGGACAACGGCCUGCAGGCUGCCUUCACAGCUGCGCAUGAGCUUGGUCAUGUGUUGAGUAUGCCCCACGACGACUCCAAGACCUGUGAGAGGCUGUUCGGAGAUCUGGGAGGACAUUACCUGAUGGCUCCACUGUUUGUCAGCCUCAACAAGACCACACCCUGGUCUCCCUGCAGUGCCCUCUACAUCACUGAGUUCUUUGACAACGGACAUGGGGACUGCCUGCUGGACGUCCCAGAGAGUGCCAUGCCAUUACCAAGUCAGCUUCCAGGCACCAAGUACAGCCUGGACCAACAGUGCCAGCAGAUCUUUGGAGAGGAGUUCAUCCACUGCCCCAACACCUCAGACAGUGACGUGUGCAGCCAGCUUUGGUGUCAAGAGGACGGGACGGCGCAGUGCUCCACCAAGAACGGCAGCUUGCCCUGGGCCGACGGCUCCGCCUGUGGCCUCAAUGGGACCUGUCUCCACGGCGCAUGCAUGUCCACCCAUGAGGUGAUGCAGCCACUGGUGGUAGUGGACGGGGGCUGGAGCUUGUGGGGACCUUGGCAGCAGUGCUCCAGAACAUGCGGAGGUGGAGUGGAGUUCUCCUACAGGGAGUGUGCUGACCCCGUGCCUCAGAACGGAGGGAAGUACUGCGAGGGACAGAGGGUCCAGUAUCAGUCCUGCAACACGCAGCCCUGUGACAACAACGAGGGGAAGAGUUUCAGAGAGGAGCAGUGUGAGAAGUACAACAGCCUCCAUUACCUGGACUACAAUGGAAACAUGAAACAGUGGAUACCAAAGUAUGCUGGAGUUUCUCCCAGAGAUAGAUGCAAGCUGUUCUGCCGGGCCAGAGGCAGCAGUGAAUUUAAGGUGUUUGAAUCCAAGGUGAUCGAUGGCACGACCUGUGGUCCUGACACCACGUCGGUGUGUGUCCAAGGCCAGUGUGUGAAGGCAGGCUGCGACCAGGUGAUUGGAUCCAACAAGAGAGUGGAUAAGUGUGGAGUGUGUGGAGGAAGUGGGCUCACCUGUCGGAAGAUCACAAGCUCCUACAGCAAAGCAACCUAUGGAUACAGUGACAUUGUCACAAUUCCCAUUGGUGCCACUAAUAUCGACAUCAAACAGCGGAGCAACAGAGGGAUCAAACAUGAUGGGAACUACCUGGCUAUAAGGAGAGAGAGUGGUGGCUACAUCCUCAAUGGUAACUUUUCCGUUUCCACUGUGGAGCAGGACAUUCCUGUGCUGGGUGCUGUGCUGAAGUACAGUGGCUCCUCCACCACGCUGGAGAGGAUCCAAAGCUUCAGGCAACUAAAGGAGGCUAUCACCAUCCAAAUCCUAGCCACUGCAGGGGAUGCAAACCCACCUAAGGUCAAGUAUACCUUCUUCAUCCCCAGAGAUGUGACCUUCAAUAAAUCCAAGGAGAAGAAGGGUUCGUCACAAUCAUUGCAUAUGAUCCAUCCCUUCGGUGUGCCUGAAUGGGCGCUGGGGGAGUGGUCUGAGUGCUCCAAGAGCUGCGGCUCCGGAUGGUCCAGGAGGAACGUUGAGUGCCGAGACAAUGCAGGCUUCUUCUCCACCCAGUGUGACAAAGACCUGAAACCUGUAGACAUCCGGCCGUGCGGGGAUCUGCCAUGUCCCAUCUGGCAAUUGGGACCUUGGUCCACCUGUUCGCGAACUUGUGGCCAGGGGGAGCGCCGCCGCAGUGUCUUCUGCACAGACUAUACUGGGAAGAUUACUGAGCCAGAGAAGUGUGACCCAAACAAAAUCCCAGAGCCAGUCUCUGGAGAAUGUCUCAACCAGGAGUGCUUAUGAAAACAAUGAACUUUCCUAUUUUGGUCCAACUGCACUUACCAACCAUGGCUGGAUUACUGGACAUUUUGGGCACAGUAACUUCAAAGAGACACAAAAUACCAUGAAGAUACACAAAACAACCACAAAAGACAGAAUAAGAGGAGAUGCAAAAUGACUAUGAAGAGACGCAAAGAGAAUAAAAAUCAAAAACCCUACAAAGAGACAAAAAAUGACUAUAAAAGGACACAAAUGACAACAAAGAGAUACAACAUGACAAACAACAUCUCUGGGUCAUUUUUUUGUGUUUCUGAGAUUCUGACAGGUCUGGGUCCUACGUCAGAGGAGUUGGGGGCCUUUUGAAGGCCUGUGCCCAAGGGCCCAUUGUCUCAUAAUUUGUUCAUGUUACUAACUGGUUGCAUCUAGUCCCACCAAGGGCAUAUGCCUGUUUUUAUUUUAUUUUUUGCUGUUUUACAUUUGAAAACCACUAUUGAGAUUUGAAACAAUGGAAAUCUACCUCAUGUGAUGUAUAUAUGCUAGAUGAAGGUGCUGUGUGUGUGUGUGUGUGUGUGUGUGUGUGUGUGUGUGUGUGUGUGUGUGUGUGUGUGUGUGUGUGUGUGUGUGUGUGUGUGUGUGUGUGUGUGUGUGUGUGUGUAUCCUGGAGAAUGAGGAGUUUGUAGUCCUGCUUUAAACAGAAAUUAACUUUAUGACUAUAAGGUUUGGUAAAAUAUGCAGUUUGUUCAAGUCUUGGUGAGUUAGGUGUCAUUUAAAGUGGAGCUAGAGCAAUGGCAUGAAACCUUCUGUCAAACACCAGCACAGUGUAAAUAUACCUCCUCUUGUCCUCUAAAGCACUCAAUCCUCUAUGAAGCUUUAAUCAAGCCAUUAACCUAUUGUUGGGGUUUGUCCAUAUGAUUCAGGCCUUGUGAUUCAAGGCUUGAGAGAAUGCGCUCCAGUUUGAUUCCUUAUCUUUUCUGCAUACAUACCAAAAUGUGAUGUGAUAGAAACCCCAUGUUUUUAUUCAGAAACUCAGCAAUGUUUAACUAUAGGGAAACCAUUGAUUGACACUCAAUCUGACAAGACGUUGGACUUAUAGUUAUAGUCCACAUCAAAACAGCCACCACGGAGAUAUCCCCCCUGUCCUACAGUUUGCCUUUACCUAGGUGCAUUAUAAUGCAGUAAUAUAAUGCACAGGAACAGUGGUACAAUCAGUUUUCAAUGAAACUAUUAUAUUAUUUGGAGGUGUUAUUACUAAGUUAUUAGCAUACUAUCUUAUCGUGUAUAUGAAAAGUAACAUUGAUUUUAUUAUUUUUCAGACUUUUGUUAAUGCAUCCUAUGCAAACCCUCACAGUUGUUUUCAGACUCUGGUAUGUAUAUUUGAUUUCUUCAUUCCUGUUGAUAAUUUACAGUAUAUUAUAAAACAGAUGAAGUAUUAGGCCUUAUAUCCCUUCAGUGAAGGACCAUACUAUUUUAUUAUUACAGCUUCCAUUUUAAGCUAUUUAUUUUUGUAAAGUUUUUACCUUGGACAUGUAAUUAAAAUGGCAAAUGCUGCUGUCUUUGAGAAUUUUGUCAUAAAAAUUGUCAAAUAAACACAUUUAUGUCAAUA